ACAGAGUCAGGGUGAAAGUUUGUGUGUGUGUGUGUUUAGAGCUGAGUGUGAGAGCAUGCGGGAGGAGAGAGAGAGACGACCAUCAGCAGCAGGGUGACCAGGAUGGUGAUGAUGAUGAUGGGGAUGGUGAGCUCUGAGAGCUGGAGGGAUCCGUUUCAACCCGGCAGCUCAGAAGUAGACUGGUGUGAAGGGAAUUAUCUGGUCCAUCCGUACAUCGCUGAGUUCUACAACACGAUCAGUAACGUGCUGUUUUUCGUCCUGCCUCCUCUCCUGAUGCACUUGUUCAGUCAGUACGCCGUGUCUUAUAACCCUGGGAUUUAUGUCAUAUGGGUGCUGCUCAUGGUCGUCGGCGUGGGCUCGGCGUACUUUCACGCGACUCUCAGUUUCACCGGCCAGAUGUUGGACGAGCUCUCCAUCCUCUGGGUGCUAAUGUGCGGUCUGUCCAUGUGGUUCCCUAACAGACUCCUGCCCAGAACGUUCCAGAGAAACAGCAGGUGCGGCUUUAAGCUGCUGGUGUUUCUGCUGUCGCUCGUCUCCACCUGUCUGGCCUUCAUCAAACCGCCGCUGAACGCCGUGUUCCUCAUGACUCUGGGCGUCCCCUGUAUAGCGCUGCUCAUCUCCGAAGUCCACAGAUGUGAGAACUGGUGUGUGUUUAAGCUUAGUUUAAUCUCACUUGCGUGGUGGACUGUCGCUCUUCUGUGCUGGAUCAGUGACAGGAUCUUCUGUGAAAUCUGGUCCAACAUGAACUUCCCCUACUUACACUGCAUCUGGCACGUUCUCAUCUGUGUGGCCUCGUACCUGUGCUGCGUGUGCUUCGCGUAUAUCGAUGCCGUAAACGAGGUUCCAGAGCGAGAACCAGUGAUUCGGUUCUGGCCCAGUGAGCGCUGGGCUUUCAUCGGUGUUCCUUACGUCACUCUGCUAAAGGCACACCGAAAUGACUGUAACAAGAUGUUAUAAAGGUUCAGGAGGAGUGUGUUUACACGGCAAUGACACAUGAUCAGUCUACCUCUAUAACAAUACUCUCAAUCCCAAACAGCUGGAUGGAUGCUAUAAACGCACAGCUAACGUUGGCUAAUGCUGUUUAAAAGUUUUAACAUAAUGUUUUUUUUA